UUUCAAACCGCCCGGCGGCGGCAGCUGAGUGCUGGGAAAGGACGGACGGAAACGAGGGGUUCAGGCCACCUCGGAUCGGUACAUUUACUUCUCCAGUCUAGAUAAUUGUCAUGAGGAUAGGACCACAGCAAAGACAGAUAAACAGAAUUGUUAAUGUAGGGGAGAAAGUAUGCCAAUUCGUGCCUAUUGUACAAUUUGUUCUGAUUACUUUGAUAAUUUUAAAGAUGUGGCAGCCAUUCAUUGUGGACACACUUUUCACAGCGAGUGUCUUGCUCAGUGGUUCCACAGUGCUCCUUCUCGGACCUGCCCUCAAUGUAGAAUACAGGUCAGUGGAAGAUACAUCAUCAACAAGCUCUUCUUUGACAUAGGUGAGAGUGAGCAAGUCCUAGAUCCAGAAACUCUCCAGAAUGAACUGGACAGUGUCAAAACUCAGCUGUUACUGAAAGGGAAAGAAAAGAAGGACCAACAAUCAAUCAUUGAUACACUGAGGAGUACACUGGAUAGACGCAAUGAAAAAAUAGAGUUUUUAACCAGGGAACUGAAUGAGGCAGAAAUACUGUGUUCAACUCUCAAGAAGCAGGUGAGAAAGCUGGAACAGCAGGGAGAUGACUCAAAAUCUGCAAAGGAAGAGGCUCGCAGGCUUCAACAGAAAUUGAAAACUGUGGAAAAUAUUCAGCUGUUGCUUCAAACCCAGAGGCCAGAAGUUGAAGAAAUGAUCCGGGAAGUUGGAGUAGGACAAUCCGCAAUAGAGCAGCUGUCCAUUUACUGUAUCUCCUUAAAAAAGGAAUAUGAAAACCUGAAGGAGACAUUUAAAUCCUUUGUUGAUAUGUCUGAGAAGCUCAAGAAAGAAAAUUUUGCCUCCAACUGCAAGUUGCAAAAGUGUAUGUCACAACUGAAGAACCUGAAAGGUGAACUGCAGUCAUCACAGGAGGAAUUGCAAAAUGCAGACAGGGAAAUUAUGAACUUGAAGAAGAAGGUGGAAUUCCUUCAGAAGUCCCUGAGUACACCAAAUCGAACCAAUGAAGCAAUCAGCCGUCUAAUCUUUGAGAGCCCUGCUCCUGUGGAUUUACAAUUCCCUAAACUGCACAAGCCGGCCACUGGGGAGGAUAUCGACCUUUGUCAGAUGUAUGAUUUCAACACACCUGACUGCAUUCCUCCAACAUCUCUGAGUACCACGUCUAAGAAAAUAAGAUUAGACACAGCUGGGUCAUCCACGCCAAAUCGAUCCUCUAAACUUCUGAGUAACUCAAAGGUGACAAACAGAGAUGAGGAUGACUAUAUUCUCCCGACAUUCCUCCGAAAUUCUUUGUUAUUCCAAAAGAAAUCAAGUGGAAGCUGCAUGGAUCCACACAGAAACCAGGGAUCAGUGCGAACGGGCUUCGAUGGAUUGGGAGGAAGAACCAAGUUCAUUGAACCUACUAAAAUGACGGAAAUACGUCCACUGCCAUUAAAAGCAAAGAGAAAGAAAGUUACACGAGUAACAGUUAAAGGGUCCAUCUGUAAUCAGCCUAAACUGAAAGAUUUCCUUAAAUGAACCAAAAAUGAUCCCCAAAUUUCAGGGAUAAGAGGCACUGGGAUGGGAUGAACUAGAACUGAAAUGAGUGCCAGGUAAUUUCUUGUAUUAGCGGCAGUAGUCUGUUGGUGUUGAUAGCACUGACUGAUCCUUUUGGGAAGGGUGAAGAUGGCCCGUAUAAUGUGUCAUAGCAGGAGCAGUAGUACAUCCAGUAUGACAAAUGAUCAAACACAUGAUCUUAAAAACAGAAAGGCUUUUCAUGUUCACCAGAGCAAUUGAAUUUUUUCAGUAGUAGGUAACCCACUGAUGCUGCCCUUGGACAUCGAGAGUAGAAACCACAUGACAUUACCGAGAGAAAGGGGCAGUGUGAUAUUAUUUUAAACUACCAUGGACAGGAGAAGAGGGAAUGAAAGGAUGGGGAAGACUUCAAAUGAAAUUAACUCUUGUAUUACGACAAGUGGCAGAUACACCUGACUUUGCCUCAUCAAGCUAGGAGAUGGUAAUAUUUUACCCGCUCAACAUAAAAUACUCCAAGGCACAUUAGUUGUCGAAUAAAUCUUUGCACCUUUGAAACUGCUUUUACACUGUCAAGCAUCAUAUACUCCUUUUUUCUGUUUUCAUCAUUGGACAUACUUCACUAUAUGUGUUUGGCCUUUUAACAACAACUUGGGUUAGACCCACACAUUUUUUAGAGACUAAGCAAGAAUCACCAAACACCAUUGUAUUAAACAUCUUGCACUCAGCCCUACUUUAUUUCACUCAUUGUUGCCAUCAAAUAGAAGAAUUCAUUUUAAUUCUAGGCUGGAUUUGAAGUACUGAUAUUUAGCUAAUUAUUCAGUUAUGUGUUUCCUUCAGUCUAGUGUUCUCUGGACUACACUAUCCUGACCAUUCAAGUCACUCGUAGAAAAGGCCUGAUUAUUCUUCUCAUACUUCUUUAGACAGUGCUACUUAUUGAAAAAGUUGAAUUGAAACACUCAAACUGAAUCCUUCAAAUUCCUGUUAUUGACUAUAAAGUUGAUAUCUUUUUGAAUGCAGUUUUUUAUGUCUUGACAUCUCCACAAUUUUUGUUGAUAUCCAAUCUCCCAUCGAUUACUGUGGGUGUCAGUGAUAUAGGAGUUUGAAUUGUAAGAUAUUUGAGUAGUGUCACAGCAGAAGCACUAGUUCUUAUGAUGAAUAAUGAUCCACAUAAUCAAACAAAUAUCUUGUCAUGUCCAUGCAUAUUGAUCGGUACCUUAUUUUGCAUUUGAUCUUUAAAUUUAUUUUUAAAAGCCUUCAGCAAAUUCAAAAGAAGAGCUUGUUUAUAAUCUACAAAAGAUCUUCAUUUGUUUUUGCUCUCUAUUUCCUUAAAUGUGGCAGUCAAUGGCAUUAACAGAGAUUAGAUGGUGUGCAUAAACAAGGUAAUCAUUCUUGGCAUAAGUCAGUACCUCCAGAAGUGGGAUUAGGGGUUCAACAACCUUGUAACUGUAAUUAUAUGUACAUAGUCUUGCAAUUUCUUUAAUCUGUUGACUUGAAGUAUUCUUUCAACUAACUUUAAGCAUUGUUGAGCAUUUAUAAAACAUUGUAAGAUUUAACUUGUGCUUGACCACUCUUUAAUUUUAAGAGUUUUUCAAAACCCAACUUUGAUGUUAAAAGUGCUUAGCUAAUUGAAUUCCAGAGACUGAAUUGAAACCUUCAAGUUGAUGACAAAUAUGUGGAAGACUAAAUAUUUGUAUCUACUGGAUAUAAGAGAGCACUUAUCCAAAGUGCAGUUAGGAAAAUAAGAAUCUACCUGUUUAUUAACCAUGAAUUGUUUCCGAAAUGUUCCAUUAUUGUCACAAUGGAAAUCUAGAGGCCCAACUUAUUGGGAGCACAAUGAGUUUGCUGUUGUUCAUAAUGGGACUAAAUUUAUCUGUUUUGCAAUUACCCAUCUCCCUUACCCCUUCCAAUUUAAUGUAUGGGCAGGAUAAGGUUUUAAAAUGUUUUACUUCUGUGUAAUAUUAUCCAAGCUAUCAACCUAGUUUCUUCUUCCAAAUUGAGACAUCCCAUCUGUUAAGUUGAUGGUGACCAGUUUAGUGAGCAUGUGCCCUUGCAGACUCCUGAGGGUGCCAUUCUAAGUACUUUAGGGGAAACUUGUAGUUGAUUGCAAACCCAAGAAUGCUUCUUAUUUUGACAAUCUUGCCUUAAUAUACAGAAUGCUGCAGCAGUCAAAUUACACUAUUCAGGCCAUUGUUCCUGUACCAGUCACUGUUUACUACUUCUCUCUGACUGUAUGGAGAAAUAGCUAGCUAAAGAGGGUGUCAACUUUUGAAACAAGCAAUGCCUUUUCCUUCACACUUUAUCACUUUGUUUUAUAGUCUUGCAUUUCAAUAAUUUAUUCUCCAAAUCCAGAGCUAUUAUGGCUAGAAAGAUUAGCCAUUUAUCAAGAUCUUCCUACAGCAACACUAAAUAAUUGCAGUCUGACAUGAAGAUUUUUAAGUGGGUUUGUUUGUAAGCAAUUAAAAUGUGGGAAAUGAUCAAUAUUGAGCGUCUCCUAAUACCAUGAGGUAGGUCUUGGCAAGACUUUGAGUGUCAAUUAAUGAGCAAAACAUCCCAUUUUGGAUUUAUAAUUGUUCUGGGUUUUCAUCCGUGUGGCUAUGGGUUCUGAAAUGUGAAGAUCAGGUUGAAAUUGGUGGAUUCAAUUAAGUUUCCCUCCAGUUUUUUACUUUGAGAAGUGAUCAUUUUUUCAUAUUCCUUUGUGUACGUGCCUAAAGGUCUUUCUGGGAAGCGGCCCUCUUGUUUUGAUAUGACAGCAUUAAAAAUAGUGACCUCCCAGUGCAGUGCAUGGUCAAAAACUGACCAUCUCUGUGGUUGCCCAAGCAAACCAAGAAUCUCCUAAACAUCUUCUGCAUAUGAAAAUCUGCUGAUUAGCAGAAAGAAGGUAGUUAAAUAUUGAUUUCAUGUAAUGAAUGUUCCAGUUGAGAGAGAACUUUGGAUUUUAGCUAUUAUUUCAAAAAGGUGACAAUUGCUGUUUACAAUAGCUUGGAGAGGGUUAAGUUGUAGAAGUGAUAAUGCAGCUUUUUUUAGUCCCUAGCAUUGCAAUACAGUGACACGGCAGUUACCAUAACCUUCUUCCACUGUACUCUCUGGUCUAUUUCUGUAAUCCUCAUAAUCCUCAAUGUAAUUGCUGUAGCUUUGGGCCUCUUUAUGGGAGCUGAAUAUAUCUUAGUUCAUCCCAGAGACGAAUCUGGUAUGCGUCCAAUUUGUAAUUUGAAAGAUGUUUUACCUUUCUGGGGGUUAGAUCCAUUGGCUACAUAUGCUUGUAAAUUAGCUGAC